AUGUGCGCCGACGACCCUUGCGAGCGGCCACCCCGCGCGUGCGGAGAAGACGCCGUGGCUGGGGGUCCAAGUUGUAGGCGCCGCUGGGUGCGCAGCAAUCCUUCACUUUCAGAGCGUCAGCGACGACGUCUGCACAUCGCAGAUUUCAGGCUGCGUUGCCUGAGGCCGCGCGGAGCAGCAAGUUGUACCUGGCCACGUCGUUGACAUUUGGCAUUUAGUUAACUAAUGAAGGUCCCAAAUGAGUACGGCCUAAGACGCACAUGGUUCGACCUCGAGCACAACUGCUUGUGGGCGGCGAAAGCAGAGUCAAAACCCACGCCUUACACCGCCAUCGUGAGCUCUGGACCAAUCGCAAUCAGCCUCCUGUUUUUCGGCAGCGCUAACACACUUCCAUCCUUGGCAACAGAAUGCCUUGAGCAAGCAACCUUGCCUGCUUGAUCAGUUGACCAAACUUACCAAUUCAUAUGAAUAGCCGGCCAUCAUGUGGGUUCGGAUCUUGUCUCGUCUCUCUUCAAGGUCGUGGCAGCCAUGGCGGAGCUGAAGCUUCUCUUCUCCCUCACCUUCCUCAUCCUGGCCCGUGUCUCCGGUGCGAACUCUUUCUCAUCAUCAUCAUCAGCCAACUUCACCUCGAUGUUCGCCUUUGGGGACUCGUACAUCGACACCGGCAACUUCGUCAUCAUGGCGACUCCCGUCAUUCCCGUGUGGAUCGACAAGCCUCCCUACGGCAUGACCUUCUUCGGCCGCCCCACCGGGCGCACCAGCGAUGGCAGGGUCACCAUAGAUUUCUUCGCCGAGGAGUUUGGCCUCCCGUUCCUCCCAGCUUCCCUGUCGAACAGCUCCGACAUCGCGCAAGGCGUAAACUUCGCCGUCGGUGGCGCGACGGCGAUCGACGUCGGCUUCUUCGAGAGGAACGGCCUGGUCCCGUUCAAGCUCCUCAACAACUCGCUGGACGUGCAGCUGGGCUGGUUCGAGGAGCUCAGGUCGUCGCUCUGCAACAACGCCACGGAAGCUGCACAAGGAUCGGGGGGCUGUUUCGGCAAAUCACUUUUCAUCGUCGGGGAGUUUGGAGUCAACGACUACGCCUUCAUCUUCUCGGCGAACAAGACCGAGGCCGAGGUGCGGUCGUACGUGCCGAAAGUUGUCAGGACCAUCGCCUCGGCCGUGGAGAGGCUCAUCAACAACAAUGGCGCGGCGUACGUGGUGGUGCCGGGGAACCCGCCGAUCGGGUGCUCGCCGGCCAUCCUCACCCUGCGCCAGAGUCCCAACGCGGCCGACUACGACCGCAUCGGCUGCCUCCGCGACGUCAACGACGUGGUCAGGUACCACAACGCGCUGCUCCGUCGGGCCGUCGUUGGUCUCAGGGCCAAGCACCCCCACGCCACCAUCAUCUUCGCCGACUUCUACACACCGAUCCGCAGGAUCCUCGAAAACCCCGACCAAUUCGGAGUCGUCAGCGACGUUCUGAAGGCGUGCUGCGGAACCGGCGGCGACUACAACUGGAACGCCAGCGCCGUGUGCGGCAUGCCCGGGGUGGCGGCGUGCCGGGACCCGUCGGCGUACGUGAGCUGGGACGGGGUGCACUUCACGGAGGCCGUGAACCAGUACGUCGCCGAGGGCUGGCUCCAGGGGCCCUACGCUGAUCCGCCCAUUCUGAGAGCUACUAUCAAGCACUAGCUUCCAGCCGGGCCGGAACCGUCAACCAUUGAUGCAUUCAAGAAAGCUUACCGAUAAAAUAAGUUAAUAAACAUAUGAAUGAAUCUGCUUUUGAUUUGCCAUGAAAUGAAACACGCAAAUUAUGGA